AUACCAUUGGGCAAUAUGGCAGUGAAUUACAUGACUUAUUUUUUCUUUUUCAGUGCUGCUGUUAACUCAGAGACGCGUGAGGAGGUUGCCAUUAAGAAGAUUGGUAAUGCAUUUGAUAACAGGAUAGAUGCAAAGAGGACAUUGAGAGAAAUUAAGCUUCUUCGUCACAUGGACCAUGAAAAUGUUAUUGCCAUGAAGGACAUCAUUCAACCACCAAAAAAGGAGACCUUUAAUGAUGUUUAUAUUGUUUAUGAAUUGAUGGACACUGAUCUUCAUCAGAUAAUUCGCUCUGAACAACCAUUGACAGAUGAUCAUUGUCAGGUUUGAAUCAACAGUGUUUUGGGGGCAUUAAUGUUACUGAUAUUGUUUUUCCUCAUAACUCGUUGAAGUGACUAGUUCUUUCUUUGCAGGUAGUCAUCACAUAAUGGGACCAUAUCUAGUU